AAAGGCCCGUCUCUCCGCCUGUAAUAUCUGUUAACACCCACUGGUAAGAAAGUAAAAACCACCGCCUGGAAACAGAGUCGUUAGUUAAGAGACCACCCGUUUUUAAAAGCUUUUUAUUCGGGUCUCAAGUGGCUCACAAAGGACGGACGGCCGUACGGGAAUUCCGCCCUCGCGGAGCUAACCGGACAGACCCCGCCUUCUCUUAAUUUGUCAACAAAGGGGUUUGACAAGCUCGGAGAAGCCCUGCCUCCAUGUUCCCAUAAAAGGAUGAUUUGGUCAUACACGGCCAACAAUCAAGCCGUGAGUAACCGUUUUCCCUUCCCUAUCCCGUUCAUAUGGUGCGUUGACUUCCUCCGUCGCCGUUAAAGCGGAGCUAUCAUGGCGGAGCGCGUACAGCAGCCCCCAGCCAAGCGGCUCUGCUGUAGACCGGGCUACAGUGCAACAUGUAGGCAAGGCCAGCGGGCCGUGUGGGCGCCGUGCGGCGGCUCGGCAGCCACCCAGGGCGAGUCGAGCAAAACCCAGAGCCCGGAGUCUCUCCUGGACAUCGCGGCGAGGAAAGUCGCGGAGAAGUGGCCGUUUCAAAGGGUAGAGGAGCGUUUCGAGCGGAUCCCGGAGCCCGUUCAGAGACGGAUCGUGUACUGGUCUUUCCCGAGGAGCGAACGGGAGAUCUGUAUGUACUCGUCGUUCAACACAGGCGGGGAGGAGAUCGGGAGUAGCGCGGAGAGCGGCGACGACACGCGGCUACCAUUCCGACGGGGCAUCGGUCUGCUGGAGAGCGGCUGCGUGGACAACGUACUGCAAGUCGGGUUUCACCUCAGCGGCACAGUCCGGGAACCUGCCACGUCCUCAGAGCCCGAGCUGGUCUGCAACGUGAGCGUCAGCUUCGACCGCUGCAAAAUCACAGCGGUGACGUGCAGCUGCGGCAACAAAGAUAUCUUCUACUGCGCCCAUGUUGUGGCGCUCUCGCUGUACCGGGUGCGGAAGCCCGAACAGGUCAAACUGCGCCUGCCCAUCUCAGAGACACUUUUCCAAAUGAACAGAGAUCAGCUGCAGAAGUUCGUUCAGUACCUGAUCACUGUGCAUCACACUGAAGUGCUGCCGACGGCGCAGAAGCUGGCGGACGAAAUACUGUCGCAGAACUCGGAGAUCAACCAGGUUCAUGGAGCUCCGGAUCCGACGGCGGGGGCCAGCGUGGACGACGAGAACUGUUGGCAUCUGGACGAGGAACAGGUUCAGGAACAGGUGAAGCUCUUUCUCUCCCAGGGCGGGUACCAUGGCUCGGGAAAGCAGCUCAACUUACUGUUCAGCAAGGUGAGAGAGAUGCUGAGGAUGAGGGACUCCAACGGAGCUCGCAUGUUAACGCUGAUCACAGAGCAGUUCAUGGGCGACCCCAGACUGGUGCUGUGGCGGCAACAGGGAACCACCAUGACUGACAAGUACAGGCAGCUGUGGGAUGAACUAGGGGCCCUGUGGAUGUGCAUCGUGUUGAACCCACACUGUAAACCCGAACAGAAAGGCUUCUGGCUUCGACAGCUUCGCAGGUGGAACAGCGUGGACGUCUGUCCCUUGGAGGACGGUAACCAUGGCAGCGAGCUGACCAAUCUGACCAAUGCACUGCCCCAGGGCCCUCCCGGCAACCCAGACUCACUGACUCGGCCUCACCGGACCGUGUUCACGCGAGCGAUCGAGGCCUGCGACCUGCACUGGCAGGACCCUCACCUGCAGCACAUAAUCACCGUGGACCACUAUGCCAACUACUGUUACCAUGACAACCUGGACAGCUCCCUCUUCGACGCCCGAGGGUGGCCCCUGUGGCACGAGCACGUCCCCACGGCCUGCGCCCGAGUGGACGCCCUGAGAUCACACGGUUACCCCAAGGAGGCGCUCAGGCUGGCCAUCGCCAUAGUCAACACACUGAGGAGGCAACAGCAGAAACAGCUGGAGUUCUUCCGCACUCAUAAAAAAGAGCUGCUCCAUAAAGGCAUAACAUCAGUUACCAACCUGGAGGGUUGGGUGGGCCACCCUCUGGACCCCAUCGGCACACUGUUCAGCACCCUGAUGGAGACGGGCCAGGCCAGCGAGGACGGGGCCACGGUCCUGCUCGACUUCUCAGGCUCGCUAGCUUCAGGUAGGAAGACGGAGCAUCCUGUUUCCCCCGCGCAGCGUUUCCUGGAGGAAGGAGAGUCGUUCGUGUCGCUGGCCGUGGAGACGGCUCUGAUCGGCCUGGGGCAGCAGAGGGUGAUGCCCGACGGCCUUUACGCACAGGAGAAAGUGUGUCGCAACGAAGAGCAGCUGUUGGCCAAGCUCCAAGAAGUCGAUCUGAACGACUCGUUGGUGAAGAUCUUCCGGAAGCAAGCGGUUUUCCUGCUAGAGGCUGGUCCUUACAGUGGUCUGGGAGAAUUACUCUACAGAGAAAGCGUCCCCAUGCACACUUUUGCCAAGUAUCUCUUCACCUCGCUGCUACCUCACGACGCCGAACUGGCGUACAAAAUUGCACUGAGGGCCAUGAGGUUGCCGGUCCUGGAGUCCACGGCCCCCUCCGGUGACUUGUCCCGGCCUCACCAUAUAGUGUCAGUGGUGCCCAACCGCUACCCUCGCUGGUUCACUCUCAGCCACAUAGAGACCCAACAGUGUGAACUGGCCUCCACCAUGCUCACUGCUGCUAAAGGCGAUGCUCAUAAGCUACAAACAGUGUUAGAGUCCAUCCAGAAGAACAUCCACUCCUCAUCCCACAUCUUCAAACUGGCCCAGGAUGCCUUCAAAAUUGCCACUCUCAUGGACAGCCUGCCGGACAUCACGCUGCUCAAAGUCUCCCUGGAGCUGGGCCUCCAGGUGAUGAGAAUGACCCUCUCGACUUUGAACUGGCGGAGGAGAGAGAUGGUGCGAUGGCUCGUCACUUGUGCUACUGAAGUUGGUGUGUUUGCACUGGACAGCAUCAUGCAGAGCUGGUUCACCCUCUUCACCCCCACCGAAGCCACCAGUGUCGUGGCGAGCACAGUCAUGUCCAACAGCACCAUCGUCCGCCUGCAUUUGGACUGCCACCAGCAGGAGAACCUGGCCAACUCCGCCCGCACCCUGGCCCUGCAGUGUGCCAUGAAGGACCCCCAAAACUGUGCCCUGUCAGCCCUGACCCUCUGCGAGAAGGACCACAUUGCCUUCGAGACAGCCUAUCAGAUUGUACUGGAUGCAGCCACCACAGGAAUGAACUACACACAGCUGUUUACAAUAGCACGCUACAUGGAGCACCGCGGUUACCCUAUGAGGGCGUACAAAUUAGCAACAUUAGCCAUGACUCACCUGAACCUCAGCUACAACCAAGACACACACCCGGCCAUCAAUGACGUGCUCUGGGCUUGUGCGCUCAGCCACUCGUUGGGGAAAAACGAACUGGCAGCUGUCAUCCCCCUGGUGGUGAAGAGCGUGAAGUGCGCCACUGUCUUGUCGGACAUUUUGCGGCGGUGCACGUUAACGACGCCGGGCAUGGUGGCGCUGCACAGUCGCAGAAACUCUGGGAAGCUGAUGUCUCUGGACAAGGCUCCACUCAGGCAGCUACUGGAUGCCACGAUCGGGGCCUACAUCAACACGACGCACUCUCGGCUGACGCACAUCAGCCCACGCCACUACAGCGAGUUCAUCGAGUUCCUUAGCAAAGCCAGAGAGACGUUUCUCAUGGCGCACGACGGACACAUCCAGUUCACACAGUUCAUAGACAACCUGAAACAGAUAUACAAGGGCAAGAAGAAACUCAUGAUGCUCGUUCGAGAGAGAUUCGGUUGAAAGAGUAUCAAAAGACCAAACUGCCCCUUUUUUUUUUUUUUUUUUACUUGAGUCUCUUGUUUUUAUCCUUUCUAACUUGAAGUGAAAAUCCACUUAAAACAAUUCACACAAAUCUUAUUCCUAUGAGUUGGGACUGCUGGGUCAAAUGUGAUAAUGGACUGAAGGGGUGUUAUUAUAUGCACAUCACGUAUAGGUGUGAGGCCAUUUUAAUAAGCAGCAUCAAUGAGAAAAAAGUUACGCCUGCAAACUCCCAAACCACAAAACUUAUUUUUAAAAAAAGGCUUUCGAUUCCAGUCGGAUUUGCAGAGGGUCACAUUUCUUAAAAAUGGAUACGACACCCAUAUGAUAACAUAUAUAUAUAACACAAUAUAUAUUUCAAAGCAAUUAACAAUGCAAGAUUAAAUCUCAAAGAGUAGAAGUACAAAGGAAAUUCAUCAAAAUAUCAACAAUACAUCAGAAAAUGUGAAUAUAAAUCAAUAAAUAUACAAAAAGCAUCUUAAAAUGGAUAUUUUUUCAUACCUCAAUACCUUCCCAUAAUUAUGAAAUCCCUUCAGAAAAUCUGCAGACGUGUUGUAUUUUAUAUUUGAGCAGAUAAGAAGUUACAAUUUAAAAUUAAUCUAAGUUUCAAGAGUUUUGACCUGAUAAAUUUCCAACUAGGUUCGAACCUUUUAAUAAAGUUUGUGACUUGGAGUCAGGGUGCAGGCGUCUUUCAUCUAAUGUGAUAAUAAAUAAUAAUAGGAAUAAUAAUAAUUCCUAUUUAAUUCAAGCUGUACUGGUGUCAGCAUUAGCACAGACAGAUCCUUGGUUGAUUUUAGUGUUGGAAAACUAAUUAGACAGCCCAAGUUAAUAGUAAUUAGUUAUGAAUCUGCCUUUAGGGUAAAUUUUGAAAUCAAAAAAAAAAAAAAAGCAGCAACACCUGGUCUUGAUGUGUAUAAAACCAAUACGUUUGCAGACGCAGAGAACUGUCAUUUCGUGGAAGUUGGUGUGUUUCCCUUUACAUGUAUGAAAGCAGGAGAGUAAGAGUUUUACACUGAGUAUAUACUGUAUUGUCCAGUGGCAAAAUGUCCACCUUGCACUCCUCCUACGUCCCUCAGCUAACGUUCACAGCCUCAAAGAGAAAACAAAACGGCUUUAAACCAAACGGAGCAACUCCAUCUGAAGUGACGAGUACCUCUUUUUAAAGGAUCCAGCUUUACCCCCCACCCCCACCCCCUCCUUACCCAGUCCUUGCCUCCCCGCCUGCUGAACGGAGUGAAAGGUAAAAACUCCAGAUCCACAAUCAGAAUUAUUUUACUGGUUACUGGCCAUCUUCAGGCUGAUUGUUUUUUCUUGGCUUAGCAGUGUUGUCUCAAACGUUCAAUAUGCUUAUUUUACAGACGCAUUUGUCACGGAAACACAACGACAAACUGUCACAGUGCUCGCUCUUGUGGAAACUUUGCAACUGUCAACAUACAUUCUCAGGGAUUUCUCUAAAAAAGGAAAAAAAGAAAAAAAAAAAAGAAAGCAGACAAAAAAAGAGAAAAGCAUUUUAUUGUCUUGUAUAUAUGAAAGUAUAUGUCUGAAUAUUGAAAAAAAAAAUGUAUAUGUUAACUAAUUUAUGACAGAAUAUUCUAUGUAAGGCACAAUACUUGAAGCUGCAGUACUUUUGGUUUUUGAAACAAGAAAAAAAAAACAUAUCAGAAGGACUUCAAAACGUUCGCCUUGCAUCAGGGGCCAGUUCAAACUGUAGUACAUACAAAGGCAAGUUUGGCUCUGCAGACAUGUAAUGAACUGCAGAAACUGGACACUCAUAAGACGGUAAGAGUGUAUUCUCCUGAACACAGGAGUGUAUUGAGGAUGGUAGAAGUCAGAGAAAGAGAGGACUGUGGAGGCAGAGCAGCUGCUGCCAUGUUCUUCACGUCGUCUCCUGCAGUGACUCGCUCACAAAAUGAAGCUGUUUUACGCUCAGUGUCCACGCCUCCUCUGCUGAUGUCUCGACUUUGUGCAGGACAGAAAGUUGGCUAUGGCUUUAUUUUACGAGUUCCUUUUGUUUUCCAGCAAAUUUCCUAGAAAUUUUCCUCAUAAUUUCCUGAAGAUUAGCUUGUUUUUAGCUGUAAAUUACAAGGAUACCUCCAAGAAAAGGCCUAUGCAAUUUGGUACCAUAAUACGUUUCCUGGAAAGAAGCAUAUAAUAUGUUAGUAAUUAUUGGUAAAAUUUAAAGUGAUCCAGUUAUUUCUAAAUGCUAAGCUAGUACAACCUUGAGACUUUUGAUCAGAGGAUAGCAGCAAGCAAACUGAGAGUAAUAAAUAUUCACUGGGGGUUUAAAUGAGCACUUUCUCUCAUUAAACUGUAUCUGGAUGUCAAUAAUAAACUCAACACGUACGAAUGAUAAGGGAGAUGGGACAAACUUUCUUGGAAACAUCCAUCUUAUGUUGCAGGAAAUUAUGGAGGAAAGUUUCCAGAAUAUUAAAUGGAAAAUACAGAACUGGUUAAAUAAACCGUUACAGGAAGUUGGUCUAAACUGUAGGUUUUGACUGUUCCACUUUUCUUUACACUUUUUAUGUUUUUUUUUUUUAUUAUUUUAUUUCUCCUCUUCUUCUACUGUUUUUAUUUCUCUCUAGAAUUCCUCACACGAGAACAGCCUUCUUUCUUGCCUUGUCUUAAUGCUUUAAAAUAACCAAAUGGGAGUUCUAACUACCAAACCUUUUUCAUACGCCAGCCGACUUCGGUUACAACCUGUUGGUGUCUUUUCGUUCUUUGCUGAACUUGGCUCUGUGUUUCUGUGCUUUAAAAGCUCAUUCAUCUGUUUUCAGUGUCGUCUCUUUAAAAGUCUGUCAGUAGCUCCUCUUUGUUUAGAAACCAGAUUUUACUCCCUUUUAUUUAUUGCGUUAGGUAAAUGAUUGUACAACCAUGUCAACAUGCUCAUGAAGUUGAAACUAAGAUUUGAUACACUGAUUGAUUUAUUUAUGUAACUAAAUCACUGUUUUAUAAACUUGUUGAUGAAUCAACAUUUUGUUUUGAUUAAAUUAGUUUUUUGACAGCAGGA